UUCAAACCGUGCAGAGGCCCCGGGUGAAUUCUCCUGUUUUUUUUUUCAUUUGUCGGGAUUAUUCCUGAAAAAAAAAACAAUACAUUUCAACUUUCAACCCUUGUAUCUUUUGUUGAGCCUCACAACCGUAUAGCAAAAGCAUCAAGCUCAGCAGGGGCAUUCACUUGUUGGAAGCAAAACACACCAAUCUUCUUUUUUAUUUUCCCUCUUGGGUUCGUGUUCUUCGCGGCCUUCUACUUGGGACGAAGAAAUACAGAAAUACCAUUCGGCGGUGAAGCAAUGGCGGUUAUUCUUCGACGGACGUGGUCGCAAUAAGUCAGUUUCGGUUUGGGAUUUGAACGAAAAUACAAACAGUGCAAGAAGCGGCGUUUUCUGCUUUUGUUAGUGAACUUCAGUGAAAAAUUCUGUGUUAAUUUUAUGAGUGUGAACUUCAAAUUGGAUUAAAGUGAAAGUGGAUUAAAAGAUUAAUUAGUGCGUGAUAUUUGUUAUGUGAAAGAAGUUGAUGGGGAAUAAUUAUUGUUGCACUUAAUGACCGGAAGAACGCGAGGAAUGUGAUAAAGAUAGAAUGUCGAAUGGCCCCACCGAGGCGACAUGAGCUCCCCCGUAGGGGAGCCAGGAUCGGCAGCACGCGCCGCCGCCGCAUCCGGAGACUGCGCAGCCUUGGGUCGGUUGCUGCCUGCGCGAGGACCCGCGCGGUUCACGCGCGACUCCCUCGGCCGCACUGCCAUACAUUUGGCCGCGGCAAAUGGUCGGGCGCCGGCACUGCGCAUGCUCCUAGCUAUAGCUGCUGCGCAGGAAAUAGAGGCGCGCGAUGGAGCCGGCUGCACACCGUUACACCGUGCCGCUGCUGACGGUCACGAAGAGGUGGCGCGUGCUCUAUUGGCCAAAGGUGCACGUGCAGAUACCGUGGACGCUGUGCAUGGUAACACACCUCUACAUGAGUGCUCAUGGAAAGGCCACAGUCGAACCGUGCGGCUCUUAUGCGCGGCGGGAGCCCCAUUAGGCGUUUCGAACAAUGGAGGAUUCGCUCCUCUACACUUGACGUGCCAAAACGGCCACAAUCAGUCUUGCAGAGAACUGUUAUUGGCUGGAGCUGAUCCGGACAUGCGAAAUGGCUAUGGAGACACGGCUCUACAUACUGCGGCUCGAUACGGACAUGCUGGUGUUACCAGGAUUUUAAUUUCCGCAAAAUGUAAAGUAUCAGAACGUAACAAAAACGGCGAUACGGCGCUUCACAUAGCAGCCGCAAUGGGUAGAAGAAAAUUGACCAGGAUACUUCUAGAAGCAGGUUGUGAUAAAACCAUCAGGAACAAACAAGCAGAAACUGCGAGAGAUAUAGCAUUAAGAAAAGACUUAGGAGAAAUCGUGUUUAUUUUAGAAGAAAAUAAUUCCAGAGAGGGACGCAGAAGUAAAAAGGAGAAGACCAGCAAAAGACGAUCCAAAAGUAAAGUGAGAUUCGAGGGAAAAGUGGCCAAAGACGUUGUUGAUAUUGCCAUUACCGAAACGACAAGGACACCGCCGAGCAAAUCUGGAAAUAACAACAACAAAAACUGGUCACCCUAUGGCUGCCAUUACUAUCCAGAUCCCGAAGCUUUUCCUUCGCCAAAUUUGGACUCUUUACCGCCGGAGCCUUUGAAAAAAGGCGAACAAUAUUUUCUGGAUUUAGCUGGAAAUAUAUGCAAGGGACCAGUCGGAGUGGGGUACACCUGUUAUUGUGCCCCACUGUUUAGACAUUUAGAGGCCAAGAUAGAGAAGGAUAAAAAGGAACUGGUUAGAGCACAGGUCCGUUUGGGACAAAGAGUGGCAGGUUUAGAACAAAGAAUGAGCAGAGGAGGCUAUGGAAGACGUUCGGAGAGAGUUAUCAAUUUGAAUAAAGAGCCCGAGCCUCAACUAUCAAGAUCUCGAAGUUUGGAAAUGUUGGAUACCGCUACAAAAUCACAGUUGCAAGCUACAAGGAGCAUGGAUGAACUAGAUCCCCGUGACGAAGACCCCCAAGGAGGACCACGCCCUUCGGUCAAAGAACUAGUGGCUAGAAUCCAGGAACAACAGCAACACAAUGCCAGCUACAACGAAGGAGCUCACAGCGAAAGUAGCGACGAUGAAGAUGGUCCCUUAAGGAUGCCAUCUAGAAAAGGCCCAAUGGGAGACACUAAUCUUAUCCAGGUGCCUUUGGGUCAAUCACCUGGACCAAUUCGUCUUGGACACUAUGAAAAUGUGCCAAACGAAGCUGCACCAAGAAGCAGGAGCGGCCUUUAUAGUCCUACAGGCGAUCCUAGCAUGGUGGACUCUUCUACACAUUAUAUAGAACCUAUAGUAAAAAUCCAAGAGCCUUCAGCCAUAAGGUAUAACCAAUACCAUCAAGCUAGUACUAGCAAAUACGACCCCAUGAAUCCGUACCAACCAGAAAUGCGUUAUAACGAUACCACUUAUCACCAUCACUACUACGAAGAAGAUCAACUGCCAAACACUAGCAAAUUCUAUGAUCACUCCAUGAGUGCUCGUUUAGCAAAGUUGCGCGUCAUAGAGAGCAGUUCCAAAGGUUAUCCGGACUCAAAAAACCCCAUUGAGGGUUCUUCUAGAAUGCUAGAUCCGAAUUUUAUCGCGAAUCGGGUUCUGGAGAACCCCCAUGAUACUGUUGACAGAGACACUAAUAACGAUUCGGGGUAUUCGACAAAGGUGUAUGGUAGUUCCAAAGGAAAUUCGCCUAGUUUGAGUGGGCAAAUCGAGGGGGAUUGUCUUGGUGCUAGUAGUUUGGUUUAGUACAAAAAAAAAAAUUGUUUGAUUUCUAAGUAUGGAGUAUUUUCUAAGCCGGAUUCAGGUCAUCUUAGGGCAUUGAUUAAGGGUUGUUUAUGAAAGUACAAUGAUUUUUUUAAAAUUUAGGCUAGGCGAGCCUUUGUGCCCUUCGAGAAAUCCGGCCUUGUGUAUUUUUAAUGACUAUUUAUAAAACAAUUCUAUAAGAAAAAUUUUUGACAGCAUUACGAACGGCUUUCUAAAUCUGAAUUAAUUUUAAUCAAUAUGCAUUGGCUUGUAAAAAGUUCUUGCCACAUUGGUGGACUUUCCAGUUAACAAAAUGAACUUUCCUUUUUAUUUAUUUCUACAAAGUAUUUAUCGAUAUCUUUGUGGUGCAAACUUGAACUAAUGACAUAAUACUUGUAUACUUUCACAUAGACUAAAAAACUAGAUUGUAUUAUUAUAAUUUUUUUUGAAAAACGUAUGUUUGUGCCUUUUUUUAUAAUUAACAAUUUAGGUUUAGUUAUCAUUGUUGUACUUGGUUGUACAUAAUAGAAAGUUUUCUAAAUGCCUAUUGUAAGUACGUACCUACAUGAUAAGCGUUGUGUACAUUUUGAAAAAAAACUGUUAAAUAAUUUGUAUAUUAUUGGAAAAAUUGAAUAAAAUAAAUCAUAAGUAUAUAUUUUAAUAAGAAAAAAAAUA